UGGCAUCGAACGGACAAUGCCUACGGGUUUGAAGGCUCUUAUGUCGGACGAGCUAGCCAGACAGGCGUCGCUGGUGUGGGCAGAGUCGUCGUCUGACGAGGUCAUUUGACGUACUUGAGGAAGAGGAUCGGCAUCUUGGCUUUCCUUCUCAUCCCCUUUUUGGGGCCCUUGGGGGAAUCUACCUGCUAUUGUCGAGGAAUCAUUCCAUUUUCUCCUCCUCCUCCGUCCUCAAUGAAGCCCACGAAAGCACCCAUCUUCGAUUAACGUUACCAUUGUUGGUGCUCUGUUCUUCAUCCUCAAAGCAUCAUCGUUUUCGCGCUCUCUCUCUCUCUUCCUGCUACCAUUCUUUCUUUUGGCGAAGUAUGGCGAGACUCCAGUCUGACCAGGAAGACCUUCAUCCCUCUUCUAAACCUGCCUUCGACUUCGUGGAUUUCCCCGAGGACGUCCAAAUCUCUAUCCUUUCCUUCCUCUCCCCACAGGACGUCGCCGUCUUCUCCUCUACCUGCAAGCGGCUUCUGGAAUUGUGCUCCGACGAUGCGAAGGUAUGGCUCUCGAUGUGCCAAAGGCGGUGGGGCUCCAAGACCCACGUGAAGAAAUGGUCCAACGGGAGGAUCAAAUACCGCGUCCUCUACAAGACCCUGGAAAAGUACGAGAAUCUGAUAGGUUUCUGGAGGAAGAUCGGACAAGGAGGCGCUCCUUUGGUCUUCUUUGAAUGGGGGGAGUCUUUCGUCACCGGCUCCAGGGUCUUAUCUUACCAGGAUGGCAGUUACGAGGUUGUAAAGUUUCCAUUUUUGUGGAUGGGCCUCUCCACAGAUGGCGAUCCUCUCAAUUUGAGAAAUCCUCAUAUGAAUUUUGGGUUCCCUAUCAGAAGAACGCCCGAUAUUAGUAGUUCUGAGCCGAUGGUUGAAUACGCCAGCAGCGAAAACGGGGAUUGCUUUUGGGAUUUUGAAGGAAACUGGAGUGCGGAACACAUGAACGGGCUAUCAAGCUUGGUGAAUGUCAAUUUUGUGGGCAAGAACCAUAUAAUGAUUGAAGGCAGGCAGAGCAGCUCGCCUUCCAUUCCGAAGAAUCGGUCAUUCUGUCGAACCGACAGUUACUCGGAUUUUAAUGGAAGCAGUUCAGGUGGCGAAGAACUGGUUGGCCUCGAGGGAACUUCGCCUAGUAGUUCUCCCGACUUUUUGAGGUUUGAGACUUAUCAGUAUCUCGCUAACAGAACAAGCCCAGUUGGGGAAAGGGCAACAAGGAGGCAGAGGAGGAAGGACAGGGAACGGGCAGCAAAUAAAUGGGAAGCAGAGCACUAUGUCAAAAUCGCUGACAGUUCGCCGACUUCGGCACGCCCUUUGCAGGGCCUGUGGAAGGGGAUAUGUGAUUCCAUGAGUCUGGUUUUCUUCCUUGUCUCAUAUGAUGACCUUGGGGGUUUGGUUUGCCGGAAGGUUGGAGACACCUCGGAUCAAUUAGCUGGUUGUUCCCCAGUUUUUUGGACUUCAAAUUCUAAAUUCGUGGACUCCCCGUUAUCUAGUGAUGAAGAUGAACUGUAUAGCAGGCGCAUACAUGUUCGACCACUUUCUGCAAACUGCAUAUAUCAAUGCCCACAAUUCGUUGAGAAUGAAGUGGUAAUGCGUAGUUUAUGCAUUAAUUCAAGUUAUGACUUGAUAAGUGGUUACCAGAUAGGUUCUACAAGCAUUCCUCAGAAAGAUGAGGGAAGAGUUUGGCAGUACAUUGACGGGGCCUUUGGUUUUGGGCUUUUUCAGAGUAGCUUUAUCAUAGAUUUGAAACGCAUUGAAGUGAAUAACCAUCUUCUUGAUGUUGUUCAAUCGAACAUCAGAUGAUUAAAGUUGUUUCUUCUUAGAAUAACAUGUAAAUUGCACACGUAGAUCUCAUUUAACAAUUAGUUAUCCUUCUCAAUGACGUUACUUUAUUGUA